AUGCCGCGUCUUCCCGGGUUGAAGCGUGAAAGCGAGACGAUCGGCGACUGGCACUUCGAGACGACCAAACAUCACAUGCUCGUGUCUCGUUGCCAUCGACAGCCUCCGUGCAAUGCCGACAGUGAAGAUCCGGCGCAGCUCUGUCAAUUUUGUGCCAUCUCCCGUGACAUUUCCUUCCCGUUGCCGGAGGAGCUCUACCCCAACAACACACUGCGAAUCACCCACCUGCCAUCCCAGUGCACCAUCUCGGUACGAUUACGAGCCCUUGACCCGUACCCGUCUGCCUACGUGGUGGGCUUUGCAUUUUUGCUUUGCCGCUUCGCGAAUGCUUCAAGAUCAUCCGCCUGUCCACUCGCCGCUUGUCGCGUGGCGGUCACUCACAACACAGAGCUACCUAGUUUGAUGCCGUGCAAGCGCUUCACGGUGGCCUGGACUCGCGACAUGGAGACGGCGCACGAAUUUGAUUGGACCUACACCACCGAGUAUCAAGGCAAUGUGAGCCCUGGCAUGAUUGCCGAGCCCACGGAAGAGCGCAUCGACUAUCAAGCCCUUAGUCGGCCCGAGCGCAUACUAUUUGCUGAAGAGCUAUUUCUCUAUGCCGACGACUUUGGUGAUAACGGCCAAGCAAUGCUGAGUGUGCGAAUGCGUGCCAUGCCAAGUAGCUUUUUGGUCCUGCUACGCUUGAUCGUACGCGUUGAUGGCCUCUUCAUCCGAGUUCGGGACACCCGGUUCUAUCAUCGGUUUGGCUCGGACGGCGUGAUCCGGGAGCACUUUGAUUUUGAGGGACAAACCAAAGAUCUGGAAGCCGACUUUACUGACCCCAACGAACUACGUGCUGCCAGAGCAGCGUUGUACAACCCCGCAAAG